GUCAGGCGUCCUAUGAAUGCAUUUCUAAUAUUUUGCAAGAGACAUCGGAGUGUUGUUAGGCAAAAAAACCCAGAUAUGGAUAAUCGUAGUGUUACUCGUCUCCUUGGUGAUCUUUGGGCCAAUUUAGGAGAAGAGAAAUCAACAUAUACCAAUCUAGCCAAACAGGUACUCUAUUAUAUAAAUUUCAUUCAUUAAAUUUUGUAAGUGUUCUUUGGAUGUUUCACAGAUAACACAAAAUAUGUAAGCAUUGAGAGGAAAAAAAUACACAUAAAUCUUAAUUACAGCAUUAAUGAUCAUCCUGAUUAUCUUUAUAUAAGCCAAUCUGAAGGUUUUCAACCAAUAGGUAUCUCAUGUUCUUUGAUUUCAGUAUAAAGAUGCCUUUAUGAAAGCUCAUCCUAAUUACAAAUGGCACAGCAAUGAGAAAUCACAUGUCUCUUCAGCUAAGUUACCAGUGAAACCCACAAAUGCUUUAGUAAUGAAAAGUGUUGCAGAUCUUUCUCAAGAAGGUGGGAUUACUCCAGGAAAAUUAGCAGGUAAUUAGAUUUGACUUUUCAUUUUUUUUGUGUGCAAAAAAAAGAAUAAAAAAAACCAAAGCUUUAGCCAGAAGAGUGUGAAUCAAAAUGAACAGCUAGAUCUAUUUUUGUAUUUUGCAUUUAAUAUUUGCAAAUAAUUUCCAUUUAACCAUUUUUUUUCCCAUUCAGAUUUAGACAAAAUGGGUGGCUUAAACUUGUUACUUAUGGCUGAUAAAGAAACAUCACAUGAAGUUAGAGCUUCUUCAUCAUUAGCAACAGCACCACAGUCAACCACACAACAAUCAAACAAUAACAAGUCUGAUCAAAGUGGUUCCAGCAACAAUGCACUGCUACAGUUAGCAGAGGUUGGAUGAGUUGCUUUUAUGUAUAAUUUUUAUCGGACCUUAUAAUGUAGAACAUUUUUGUUUUUUAAGCUACUUUUUCCUUUGUUAGAAAUAUGAUUUAAUAAUUAUUUUAAAUUUAAAUACAUUUUUAAUGUGAAAAUAUUCUGUAUAUUUGGGAUGCUUAGAAAUAAUUUGAUAUUGAAAAUAUGUCUUUGCAGAUGUGUUCAAGUGAACUUCACAGCUCGUCAGACAGACAAGGUCCAUCUUCAUCUUCUGCACAUCUCCAAAACAGCCAUUCACAGCAGCUUGCAACAAGUAAAGUGUCCAACUCAGUUGCACCAUCCAUAAUGUUGUCCUCCUUAAACCCUUCCAGCCACCAACCGAUGCCACCACCAAAGAAAAGAGCCAGACACUGGAGCUUGACCGAGACUGAAAAUUCUGCUGAAUCUCCUGCUAGUAACCUUACAAAUGAGAAUAAGCUUCAUAAUUGUCAAAGUAAGACAGACCUGUCAC